AAAGGCAGAGUCUUCUCACUAGCGCCUGCCUACCAUUCCAUUCAGACCCCUUUUUACCUUCUGCUCGCUACAACGACCCGAUGUGUUCCGUUAUCAAGGACCUGAAGCCUGUCAUUUCCGCACCUGCCUCGAUAGGGAUAGGUGGAUAGUAACAGAACGAGAAGAGAGACAAGGACAUAGCACGAGAAAGAGAGCGAGAGAGAGAGCGAGAGAGCGAGAGAGAGAGAGAGAGAGGUAGAGAGAGAGAGAGAGAGAGAGAGAGAGAGAGAGAGAGAGAGCUAUCUAGAGAACCAGAGAUAGACACUGAGGCUUCAAGUACAAUAAUUAGGUUCAAUGGACGAAAUGCUGCUGUUGACAAGAAUAACGCUUGUGUGCUUGAUCUGCUGCUCUUUGGUGUCCUCUGGGCUGGCUUGUGGGCCAGGCAGGGGCUAUGGAAGGAGAAGGCACCCGAAGAAGCUGACUCCUUUAGCCUACAAGCAGUUCAUCCCCAAUGUGGCCGAGAAGACCCUUGGGGCCAGUGGCAGAUAUGAAGGGAAGAUCACCAGAAACUCCGAGAGGUUUAAGGAGCUGACUCCCAACUACAAUCCUGACAUUAUCUUUAAGGAUGAAGAGAACACUGGGGCUGACAGGCUCAUGACACAGAGAUGCAAAGACAAGCUGAAUUCUCUCGCCAUUUCAGUGAUGAACCAGUGGCCAGGGGUAAAGCUGAGGGUCACGGAAGGUUGGGACGAGGAUGGGCACCAUUCUGAAGAAUCGCUUCACUAUGAGGGGAGAUCUGUGGACAUUACUACCUCUGACAGAGACAGGAGCAAGUAUGGCAUGCUAGCCAGGCUGGCAGUGGAGGCUGGAUUCGACUGGGUCUACUACGAAUCGAAAGCCCAUAUCCAUUGCUCUGUUAAAGCAGAAAACUCUGUCGCUGCUAAAUCUGGAGGCUGUUUCCCAGGGUCAGCCUCGGUGAUUCUGCACGAUGGAAGAAACAAGUUGAUCAAAGAUCUCAAUCCGGGAGAUAAAGUGCUGGCCGCCGAUGAGCAAGGGGACCUAGUCUUCAGUGACUUUAUGAUGUUCAUAGACAAAGACCCCGAGUCCAGAAGAGUUUUCUACGUGAUUGAAACGGAGGAGCCCCACAAGCAGAUCGCCCUCACUGCAGCGCACCUCCUCUUUGUUGCCGACAGCAACGCCACCGCUGGUUUUCAUUCCAUCAAAGCAGCAUUUGCUAGCAAAGUUAAACCCGGCCAGAGGGUGUUCAUAAAUGAAGGCGUCGGCAGCCAAGUGAAACCUGUCGCGGUGAAAAGGAUUUAUUUGGAAGAGUAUGAAGGUUCCUUUGCCCCGGUCACCGCCCAGGGAACCAUUGUGGUCGACCAGGUAUUGGCCUCUUGCUAUGCUGUAAUCGAAGAGCACAGAUGGGCUCACUGGGCCUUUGCACCUGUAAGACUCUCCUAUGGGGUCGCGUCUUUGUUGUUUUCUAAAGACAAUUUACUCACCAACAGCACCGUGCAAGACGACGGUGUCCACUGGUAUUCCAACGCACUGUACCAACUAGGGACUUGGGUCUUGGAUAAGGGCUCGUUUCACCCACUUGGGAUGUCAAUAAACUCUAGUUGAAAUAGCUCAAUAAAAAAACAAACAUGAAAAAUAAAACAGAAAAAAGCGAACUAAGACUUUUAUUUAGAAAAAAAAACACGAACAUAGAACUAAAGAUACCCCAAGAAGUUCUGGAAUAUUUAUUUCAUUGACAUUUACAGUGUCUUUAAAAAACAAAGAAUAAAUGGGCCUUCGAGCGCCUUAAACGUAUCUUUGAAUAAUUAAUUCUCAUGUGAACGGUUGCUGGUACCAAAUGAAAGGAUUUCAGUGUUGUGAGACCAGGCCGGUGUGCGGAAUCUAUUUUUCUAUAUAUCAAACAAACAAACAAACAAAACAAAACAAAACAAAACAAA